AUGAGGAUGGGAAAGGUGAAGAAGACGUCUCAACCCAUUCACCAUCAACCCCCAAUCCGACCGUCUUCUUUACCAAAGCCCAAGAUGCCUCGUCGAUCCAACCUCCUGACAGUCCUGUCGCUCCUGGUGCUGGGCUUGCUCGGCGCCGUGAUGGCCGAACGGUCCGCAGGCUGCGGCAAGGCCAACACCAUCCGAAGCCAGCAGUACACCAUCACCAUCAACGGCAAGCAACGCCAGUACAUCAUGAAGAUCCCCGACCGCUACGACAACAACUUUGCCCACAAGCUCAUCUUCACCUGGCACCAGCUCGGCGGCAGCGCCCAAAAGAUCGUCAACGGCGAGAACAUCAACCAGGGCGGCGCCCUCCCUUACUACGGCCUCAACGCUCUCGCCAACAACACCGCCAUCUUUGUCGUCCCCAACGGUCUCAACGCCGGCUGGGCCAACCAGGGCGGCGAGGACGUCACCUUCUUCGAUGAGCUCGUCAAGAGAGUCGAAGCCGAUCUCUGCGUGGAGACCACCCAGCGGUUUUCCACUGGGUUCAGCUACGGCGGCGCCAUGUCCUAUGCUGUCGCCUGUGCCAGACCUACCAUGAUCCGUGCUAUCGCCGUCAUCUCCGGUAGCCAGUUGAGCGGCUGCAACGGAGGAAACUCCCCUGUUGCUUUCUACGGUCAACACGGCACUUCGGAUUCGGUCCUCAACGUUUCCGGCGGCAGGCAGCUGAGGGAUAGGUUUGUGAGGAACAACGGGUGCACACCCGUCAACCCUGAGCCGCAGCCGAACGGACAGAACUCGGUCAAGACGGUGUAUCAGGGCUGCAGGGAGGGGUAUCCUGUUACGUGGGUUAUUCACCGUGGUGAUCACAACCCCAGCCAGACUGAUGCUGGGUCUUCGACGCCGUUUGCGCCGAGGAACACUUGGGAGUUCUUUUCUCAGUUCUCUUGA